AUGAAUACGAACGGGUCCAGGCUGGCCGAGACCCGGUGUGCCGGCGGCAAGGUAGUUCAUGAACAUGCCGACCUCGAACACGGUGUACUCGAGCCCGCUCGCGCGCACCGCCUCGAGCACAGGCCACUUGGGCCGGAAGAGCGCGAUGGGGGUUGUCCGGGAUCGAGCGCACGACGAACUCGCCCGGCGCGAAGCGCGUCACGCGCCCGCCUUGACGGCCGCGUCGAGCAGUGCGAGCUAGCGCGUCCGUUGAAGGCGUCCGCGUCCGUGCCGGCGAUGGUCGAGAUGACGGUGUGCACGCCUUCGAGCGCCCCGACGAGCGCGGCGGGGUCGGGCGUACGAGACGGCGACGAUGGGCACGCCGAGUUUGUCGAGGACGGGGUGAUGGCUCUCGCGGCGGCAGAGGACGACGACAUCGUGGUUGCCGGCGUCGACGAUGGCCUCGACGAUGGCCUCGACGAUGUAGAGGCCGAUGCCGCCGACGGUGCCUCCUGCGACUGCGACUUUGACCAUUGUUGUGAGCGUAUGAUGGUGAAGCGGCGUGCAGAGGCUUUACUAUUUGAUGCUGGUCUUCUAUUCUAG